AACGAUGAAAUCAAAGAACAAAAACCCUCGAUUCAACAUGCUAAACCCUAAACUAAAGUCCCCUCUUCUCCGUUCUGCUUAUUUUCCCUUAAUUUUCCGGAACAAAACAUAACUUAAAUAAACAAGGACAAAAGACAACAACAAAAGAUGGUCUGGUUUCAAUGCGAGGAGUGCGGCGAGAACUUGAAGAAACCCAAGUUGGCAAAUCACUUCAGGAUUUGCUCUGCUUCCAAGUUUUCGUGCAUUGAUUGUGGAGUUAUUUUUGGGCAACAAAAUGUUCAAAGCCAUACACAGUGCAUAACUGAGGCUGAAAAAUAUGGUCCAAAGGGACAAGGGCAAACACCAAAUGGUUCGAAUGCAAAACCCAACAAGCAAACAAAGGAGAAACCUGAUGUUGAUAUCAAUGUGGGGCUGUCUCAACGUCCUCCAUGGUUUUGCAGUCUUUGCAAUACCAAGGCUACUAGUCAGCAGACCUUGCUUCUUCAUGCUGACGGAAAGAAGCACAGAGCAAAGGCUAGAGCGUUCCAUGCUAAGCAGCAACCUAAACAGACAGAAGAAUCUGCUCCGGAUACUAAGGAUUCAGCUGAAAACAAAGAGAAUGGUGAGUUGCCAGAAAAUAAAUCUGUUGGAGAGGACGAAUCACAGGAUCAGUUCAAAGAUGGCCAACCCCAAAUCAACUCCGAAGCAGCAAACGGUUACAUAUCAUCAAAUAAAAAGAGAAAGCUAGACAAUAGCUCCGAUGAAACAGGCAAUGGAGAAAUCACUCAGGUUGAGGACGAAAAGGCAAAGAAAUCCAAUCAUAAUGCCGUAAAAGAAGAUAUAGUGGAAUCUGCCUCGACAAAAGAAGAUACGAAAAAGAAGAUAAAGUGGAAGAAAUUGAUUAAAGAAGCCUUGAAAUCCAGUCCCAAUGGAGUUUUGAAGAGGAAGCUGCAAAAACAGGUUCUAAAGGCUCUCCAGGAAUUGGAUGUGGAUGAUGAUAAGUCCCAACUAAGUGAAAUGUUACAGCACAAGAUUUCGUCAAGUGCAAGAUAUUCAGUUGACAGUAAAUAUGUUCGCCUAGUAGCGAAAGACUAAAAAUCAAGCUUUAAUGAAGCUCUUUGAGUUUUGAUUUUGGAGGAUGACAAUGUCGCCGGUAUUUGGUUUUCCCAUGUCAGUUUUACGGUCAGUUCAUUCAAUUUUGUCAUUUUAUCAUCUCAAAUGCUCGUAGUAAUCGUCAAAUUUGAGGUUCGAA